AUGAUGGAUAAAGAGGAGACCAGUGACACUGACAGUGGGAUCAUUCUCAACUCUGGUCCCGACAGCCCCACAUUGCCAGUCAAGGACCUGACCACCCACACCCGGGCCAUGAGGCUGAAGCACCAGGCUCUGGAGAACAGGCUGGAGCUGUGUCUACUGGACCUCAAGAAGCUCUGCAUUAGAGAGGCUGAGCUGACAGGUAAGUUGUCUUCAGACUACCCCCUACUUCUUGAUGAGAAGCCCCCUCGUGUCCGAAGGAGGAUAGGAGCUACCUUCAAACUGGAUGACAGUCUCAUCCACCAGGAUGGAGAGGAUUCAGAGCUUCAUUCCUUAGAGGCAGACCUGGCCUUGCAGCUCCAGAUCGUUGAAGCGGCCCGUAGACUCUCAGUGGAGGAGCACCUGUCCAAACCACAAAAGAAGAGCAGGCUGCAGCAGUGUAAGAGGGAAAAUAGGAAGGUUAAGGAUCUCCAGGAAGCUGUGUUUCAGCACAGGAUCAGAAACGAAUGCUCCUCUCCACCGACCAACAAGAACAACAACACAGCCAAACACAGAGAUCUGUGCAUGUCUGACGACAGUUCCCUGUCUGACGCAGUGGCCCUGGACGAUGGUGAGUUAUCAACUAACACAGUAGAAUUGCCAAUACAAUUAAACUAUUCCAAAGUGUCAUGUCUGACCCUUUCUAUUUCUCCAUCACACCUCAGCCCAGAUAUGGGCUCCAGCUGCAGUGUGGACUUUCCUGAGCGCUCCCCCAUCCAGAACUCCCCCUGGAGAGAGUCUAAUCUGGACCAGCCCUAUCUGAAGCCUAACACUGUCUGCAGAGGCAGGCCCAGAAGUCCAGUAGGGACCCCAGUAGGGACCCCAGUGUUCCCUGCAGACAGCAGAGUCCUGCCCUCCCACUUCCCCUCCAUUAAGAACCUGGCUCUAAGACAUGGACAGAUCAACUCCUCCAGUGCCCCCUCUACUCCAGAGCUGCACGUACGCAGACAGUACUCCCUGUCCUUCAGGCUUCCCAGAAGUAAGCCCACUCAUGACCUGGGUGAGGGACGUGGGAGAGCCAGGUUGCCACGCCGGCGGCCAGAGUUCCUGGUUCGGUCUCCACACCCCCAGCGACUGUACCAGUCCAGCUCUGAGGACAGCAGCUCUGAACACUCUGUCCCGUCCUACACCAGCCCCCACAGCCGGGACACCGACAGAGAUAAUCACAAAGACAGGGAGGGCCCCGCAUCUCCCGAGAUCCCCAAGCUCUGCCCUCCUCCCUAUGGCUUCCACUACGGAGCCCAAAGUCCCACCAGCCCUGCGGUGAAUGGCUCCAGCUUUCACAAGAAAAUCAACCAGCACCGGUCCUCUCCCAGCUUGAGAAGAAGAAUGGCAGAGGAAGGCAACUGUUCCCCUCUUUCCCCACAGGACCUGGGCAGUCCCCUGGGGAAGGGUCUGUCCCCCUCCCGGCUCCCCCAGCCACAGCAGCAGCACAGACACUGGCAGCAGGGGCCCACACCGUCAUCCCCCAGGAGAGUUCUGAAGCCUCCACCCCCCUACACUCGCCUGGUACAUACCUCGUCACUGAGGCAGUACCCCAACCAACCUGCCCGGGUGUUGCCCAGGGAGAUGUCGUCAGACGAGCUCAAGUCCUGGAACCAGUUCCAGAAGUCACGCCCGAGUUCCCUGGAAGGCCAGGGGUCGUUCAGAGUGAAGAGCCCCACGUCCCCUCACCUCCCGCCCUACCUGCAGGGUCCCCACCAGAAGCGGAUCCUUCAGAGGGCUGCAGAUGGAACUCCCGUACAGUGGUUUGUUGAAGAGGACUCGGAGAUCGUCAGCCAGGUGUAA